UUUGGAGCAUUGCAGGACCUAUACCUGGGCCCUCUUUUCUUGCUGCUUGCUUUUCGGAAGAACAUCUUUAGUCCAACAAUGUUGGGGCCACUGCUCUCUUGAACAGUCAACGUUUUCUGUUAUCAGUUGGAUGGAACGACUUCCGAUUUUCCACUCCAGACACCUUCACUCUGUCAUUGCUUGAGAUCUAAAGACAUUCCUUUGAGGGACUUAGCGAUUUUGGAGUAUUUGUCUAUUGAUACUGCCAGGAUUGGACACUGACUUCUCUCCAUUAAACGAUAAAUCUCUUCCUUGCUUCCUCCGAAGAUGUUGAGGUAUUGGGGAGAGAUCCCCAUCUCAUCUAGCCAGGCCAACAGGAGCUCUUUCGACUUGCUCCCCAGGGAGUCCCGGCUGGUAGAAGUACAUGACCCACCCCUGCACCAACCUUCAGCUCAAAAGCCCAAACCGCCCACUAUGCUGGAUGUGCCCUCGGAGCCCUGCAGCCUGACCAUCCACACCAUCCAGCUCAUCCAGCACAACCGGCAGCUGCGCAGCCUCAUCGCUGCGGCACAGGCCCAGGGUCAGCAGCAGGCCGAGGGCGUCCAGCCCGAAGAGAGCGAACCUCUCCCGCCAUGUCCCAGUUCACCACCGCUGCCCGAUGACCUUCUGCCUCUGGACUGUAAGAACCCCAAUGCCCCCUUCCAGAUUCGCCACAGUGACCCCGAGAGUGACUUUUACCGCGGGAAAGGGGAGCCUGUGAUGGAACUCAGCUGGCACUCGUGCCGGCAGCUCCUCUACCAGGCAGUGGCCACCGUCCUGGCACAUGCAGGCUUCGAGUGCGCCAAUGAAAGUGUCCUGGAGACCUUGACUGAUGUGGCACACGAGUACUGCCUCAAGUUCACCAAGCUGCUGCGCUUCGCUGUGGACCGGGAGGCCCGGCUGGGACAGACGCCCUUCCCGGAUGUGCUCGAGCAGGUCUUCCACGAAGCGGGCAUUGGCAGUGUGCUCUCGUUGCAGAACUUCUGGCAGCACCGCAUCAAGGACUACCACAGCUACAUGCUGCAGAUCAGCAAGCAACUCUCAGAAGAGUAUGAGAGGAUCGUCCACCCUGAGAAGGCCGCCGAGGACACAAAGCCAGUGAAGAUCAAGGAGGAGCCCGUGAGCGACAUCCCCUUUCCUGUCAGCGAGGAGGUGGAAGCUGACCUGGCCCCUGGAGACCAGUCCCUGCCCAUGGGGGUGCUGGGUGCACCCAGUGAGCGCUUCCCCUCGAACCUGGAGGUGGAGGCUUCACCUCAGGCUUCAAGUACAGAGGUCAAUGCUUCUCCUCUUUGGAAUUUGGCCCAUGUGAAAAUGGAGCCUCAAGAAAGCGAAGAAGGGGCCGUCGCAGGGCAUGGUGUGCUGGGCAGCGAUGUCUUUGAGGAGCCCAUGUCGGGCAUGAGUGAAGCUGGCAUCCCCCAGAGCCCAGAGGACUCAGACAGCAGCUACGGGUCCCACUCCACUGACAGCCUCAUGGGGUCCUCGCCGGUCUUCAACCAGCGCUGCAAGAAGAGGAUAAGGAAAAUAUGAAAAGCGAAUGUUUGUUUUCUGCCCGGACCUAGAACUGAAAACUAGAGUGUAUUCGAAUUUGUUUCCCGAAAGAGUCACUUGAAUUUCAGACACUUGAAUCUCAGGGUCUCCUGAUUUCAGUAGACACAGACUUCACAAGAUAAACACAUGUUUGCUUGUUCCUUUUGCCUCUGGAUUUUUAUGAAAGGCCAUAGCCGCCACCUUCACGAGUAGGGUAGAUGGAGCUGCUGGCGUGGUCCUUGGGAGACCAGAGCACUGUUGUGACUACUCCCCAACUCUAAUAUGACGAGAUGCAUCACUUAGCAUCUCUAGAGCCAUUUCUCUUGUCCGCCUGAGACUGGCAGGCAGUUUGUGAAGACUGGCGUGUUAUCAAACCCACCUGCUGAGACCAGAUGGAAGUUUGGCUCACUUACCUCGUUUUGUUGUGGGGUCACAAUUACUGGGGUUCGCGCACUGCCAACUAACUGGAAGUAGCUGAAUCCUCACAGCUACUCAGUGGUUUUUUUUUUUUAAACCGGUUUUGCCUUCCAGGUUAUGAGAGCUCAAAGGGCUGGAGCUCAGGCUGAGAAAUCUCGGGAUACAGGGCUUCCUCCCCAGCACUGCAUGGCUCUUGUGUACCUCUGUGUUUGGUCCCCCGAGUGCUGUAGGGGAGGCCUAGAAAAUCUGAAUCACUGGGCCGGGUUAUGGCUCAGAAGCAAAAUGUGACCUUGCACAUAUGAGACCUGGUUUAACCAACUUGGCACCACCAAAAAA